GACCACCUUUGCCACAAGUGACCGGGCCUCUACUUUGUUUGCAGUAAACUCUAUGGACGUCUCUACAACAUUGCCUCCUUCUCCCGAAGAUGCCGUCGAUAAACUACGCGGCUUGGUCUCUUCAGAUUACCUUAACCAUGAUACUUCGGCAGUCCAUAUACGCGCAGGCGCGCUCUUCGCUCGUCUCAAAGCAUUGAACCGUUCAGCGAAUGCUGCCACUCGAGCACACAAGCAGGUUACUGCAGACUCGAGACAUGACAUGGACCAGAUGUAUCUCAGUCUGCAAAAUCUCCAGUACGAGAAGAGACAUCUGGAGCGCGACAUUGAAAAGUGCCGCCAAUUCGCCUCAAUAUAUCAAGAUAUUCCACUGUAUCACCUCGAUGAGUUCCUAGAACGUGCGCCAGAGGAGUUGAAGACCGACAUUUCAGCCAAUGAGCAUACCCUUAUGCUCAACCGCCUGAAUUUCGAGCUGUCAGAACGUCAGCGACUGGAUCAGAGAUUAAAACAGCUCACUCAGGAGAAAGAAGACCUGCUCAAACAGAGCAAGGAGAAGCUCGCACGGGCAGACAGCGUAAAGACACAGAUAGAUAUCCUCAUAAAGACCGCUAGCGAGGUUCAGAAGAAGGCGUCCCAAUUUAGAUUGGCCAAGCGCGUUGUGGCCGCAGGGAACAAUAGGGCACGCCGAGAGUAGUGGUAUGGUUGAUACUGAGUGACGAAGAUGGUACAUAGUGAUCUACAACAAUACUAGCCGAAUAUAUGACUCCGUAGGAGAAGGUGAUGUUACAUACAAGGCAGAAGGGUUGCCAAAAAUAAAGAGGAUGAAUGG